AGCUGAUCUCCAGCCUCAGCUGACAAUGUAGUGAUCAGUGACCUUUGGAAGGUCCAGAACUUCAGGACCGUGAUGCGCUGGAUUCUGGCAAGCCUCGUGCUGUCACUGGCACAAGGCCUUUUGGACUCAACACAGGGGCAGCUGAAUCGACACUGGCACCACUUCAAUCGCUUGGAUAUCGAGCGGCGACAGGCCUUGCGUCGUAUGUUACGCGGCACCACCGGCUCUCCAGACGAGGAGAAGUUGAUAAGCGUGGACGGCGUCUAUGACAGCCUUCAAGAUCAGCGUAGCCACGAGCGGGACUCAAUGAUGGCCUCCUUGAGUUCUCAAGGCGCACGCGCAGAAGUGGAAGAUGCGCCCCUCAUCCACGCUGCCCAGCGGCACCACGACCUAGCUUUGCUCACCAACCCCACGCACUACAUCUUGAAUGCUGGCAAAGAUGGGCUGCCCAUCUCAGACGGGAAGCGGCCCAGCUGGCUGUUGAAGGAGGAUGAGCUAAUUCUCGAUGCAAGGAAGGUGGCACAUGGAGGCAUACUCAUCGCGCAGCCGGUGCUGAUGGAUGCCACCGGCAGCUGGGGUCAAAACAAAGCCUCCAGACCCCGGUGGCUCCGGGCCAUCCUCGCCACCAACCGACACCAUGCCAGGUUGCAUGGACAUUGCAUCAUUCUACGCUGGCAGCCAACUCAGCCCCAGCUUACAAAGUGGCAGAAGAGGCGGUGCGGCAAGACGGAUGAGAAGAGCUGCACCCGACAGAACGAGCGUGAAAACUUUAACUGGGAGAAGCACUUGAUGCUCUAUGAGUACUUGAUGAGCCCGCAGAAUUUCACCCACGUGCUCAUGUUGGAUGCGGAUGCUGCAUUGGUGAAGCACAGCGUGGACAUUCUGGGUGGCAUCGCAGCGCAAAUGGCGCAGCGGAAUUUGGAUGUGUUUCUGACCAGCGAGGAUUGGCUCCUCAAUGGCGAGCGUCGGAUCAAUGGUGGCUUCUUGAUGACCAGGAAUUCAGAGUGGUCGGAGCAUUUGUUCAAGGACACCUUCCGCGCCCACGUGGUGGGUCCAGGAGGCCUCCGAAGAUGGAAAAUCGGAUUGCCGCACCAAGAAUGCAGCAGCAAUGAGCAGAUUUGCUUGAAUGACAUCAUGAGUGGUUCAAGUUUGAACAAAAAGCUGGUCAAAGGGCACAUGUCUUUGGAAAGUGGCAUCAUUUACAACCGUGGUGGUUGCACAGUGAAGCACUGUGGCGAGCCCACCACUGAUCCAAAGAUGGAGGCGCUGGGAAUGAAAGACGAGCGCGCUCUCAUGGACCCAAGUUCAGAGUUCCGCUUAAAGGACUUUCCUCCGUGACCUCUCUCAGAAGACCGGUGUCGUGAUCCCUCCGGUGUGAUGUGGAUGCAGCGGCCGUGUUUCAACCUCCAGCCAGUCCUUGUUCAAGACGCAUCUCCUUUUUCAAGACGCCGAGGCUCAGUGCAUCCACCGCGUGGUGAGGUAUUGCCCAUUGGUCACCUCAUAUACCUACAUACCGGGGUAGCAACAAAGAAGACCGCCAUAUCCAAAAGGAACAAAUCGGGAAAUCGCAAAUGCUCGAGUUCUCACAAAUUGCUUCGGUGCAUUCUCUGAAUUUCCAGAUGCAAACGUGCAAAGGAACACCUUAAACAUGCAAGGCACACCAUUUGGUAGAUGGUGAUUAUGUCGACCACAAAAGCCGGUGCCGGCGUGGACGGCUUGAAGUAAAAAAGCAGGGAACAGGUAUGGUUAAUUGAACAGCAUGUAUUAUGGUUUGUUGUUUGGAUUAGAUUCGAUUUUGGUAGCGUUGGUUGGUUCAUGGAUAGUUUUCUCGGAAGUGUUCUUUUAGUUACGUAUUUUGAGGGAGACGGACAAGGUGAUGAAUAUGGUUGGUUUUGCUAGUUUGUGAAAAGGAAGACGGUGACGAUGUGGAUGAUGUGAUGGUUUGUUAUGAUCUGUGGCCACUGAUAAGCUCGGUUGUUAUGAUUUUUGCUUGGUUGAUGAUCAAAUGACACAAUCGACAUCAAUCGACCAUGUUUUUUGUGUGUUUAAUGCUGUUAGGCUGUUGGAACUGAUGAUACAAAAACUUAUUUGAGUCUUGUAAGGUAAAUUUCACCGUCCCCAUCCAAGGUUUGCAGGUGCUGCACUUCACAGGGAGCUCGAAAUAUUUGGCGCCCCAGGUGCUGUGUGAUGAUGGUGAGGACUACACAGGGGAUGGUCCCAAAGGCUAUGGCUGCCACAAGUGAGAA